GCGAAGAUAACCACCGCGUGACGACACGGAGGGCAGGAUUCCCACUUCAUAGGCCCGAUUCGCAGCAACUUUGUAUACGGUUCGCAGCUCGCAUCCUCAGCCGCUGCUCUCCCCACCACCACCGCCAGGCCCGCCUACAAGAUGAACGCGACCGAAGCAGCAGCAGCGCCAGCCGCGCAGCCGCGCAACCCGUGCAACCCGCCCACGUCCGCCGCGAGCGUCUCGCGCGAGGCCAAGUCGACCGACAGCAACAGCAGCAGCAGCAUCCUGGGCAAGGGGAAGAAGUUGUUCGGGCUGGGAAAGAAGAAGGGCGACGAGAGCGAGCAAAAGGGGGCGAGUGCGACAUUGACGACUUGGACGACGCUGCUCCCCUCGCCUCCCAUGUCACCACCUGAGCGGCGCGCAUCACCACGCGGCAGCCCACGCAUGCUGCCCGUGGGCGCAUCGCCUGGCCGGCGCAUCCGCUCUACGUCGCCAGGACUGCACAGCCCGGCGUCGUCGCUCAUCUUUGAGCGCAACGUGCAGGAGCCCGAGCCGUCGGUCGACGUGCCGGCACACAUCAAGACAGAGGACUUUAUCCCCCCGGCGCUGGAUGCGACGUCGCUGGCCAUUACCGACAGCCAGCUCAACCCCGACGAGGUGGAGAUUGUCACACACUCGGCACACCAGCCCGCCGCGCUCGUCGUGGCCGGCAGCAUGGCCGAGUCGCUGCACUCGCCGCCACUGCCACCCGACGAGUCUGCAGCGUCGAGCCACUUUGAGGCGGCGGCAGACGCAACGGCGCCCGGCUACGGGGCGCUCGACACGACGGACCCGCGGCGCCUCAGCUUCAUUUCGUUUGCGGACGUGGUACAGGCCGAGCACGUGGAACACGACCGGCAGGAGGUGCUGGGGGCCACGUCGAGCGAGGCGCUGCAGUACAUGAGCCUGUCGUCGACGGCCAACCGGACGGCGUCGCCCGUGAGGUCGAUUGCGUCUUCGCCGCCGACGACGAGCGGCGCAGCGUCUCCCAAGGCGAUGGAUCUGGCACGCACGCGAUCCCCCGGCAGCCCCACGUCGCCCAUUGUGCUGGGCAACCCCAACGCGGCACUGGGCGAGGAGCUCCCGGUGCAGAUUGAAACGAUGCGACAGGCUCUGCGCAAGACGCGGUCGGGCGACCUGGGAGGCAUAGCGUCGCAGCCUGUGAGUGCGGUGAGUCUGGAGGAGAAUGCGGCCGACAAGCCUCCGUUCAAGUAGGGGCAUGUGUGAUGGAUGCAUGUCAGAAUGCGCAUGGGGGGAAAUGAGAUGGUGAGAGUGAGAGCGAGCGAGCGAGAUUCCUUUUUCAUUUCUUUGUUACUACACGAGGCUUGGAGCUUAUUGGUUGGCUGGGUUGAUAUCCAUAUGGCGAUGAUUUCACGGACAGGACAGGACUGGGGGGUGAAGGGGGGCUUCUAUUCUACUGUCCUGGGGGACGGGCUAUGAUUUGCAGCGACGGGGAGC